AUGGCCACAACAACAGAUACCGAGCUCCUAACAGAGCACUUUGGCUAUCCCCCAGUCAGCUUACUCGACGACAUAAUCAACAGCAUCAACAUCCUCGCCGAGCGCGCCCUCAACAGCGUCGAACAAGGCCUCCUCAAUGCGCCCCCCGCCUCUCUCGGUUUCCGCCCACCUACCCAUGCUUCUACCACCAAACCGGGCAAGAAGCCCAAAAAGGGCGAAGAGGGUCUUCCCAACGCCGAGGAAGCCCAUCGACACGAGAUCGAAAACGGCACGCACCAGCUCGAGACCUUACUCUGCGCCAGCAUCGACCGUAACUUUGACAAGUUCGAAAUCUACGUUAUGCGCAAUAUCUUGUGCGUGAGGCCGGAAGACCGCGAUUGGAUACGGUUGGGGCAUUACGAGGGGUUGGAUUUCUCCUCCCCCCAAAAGGAAGGACAAAAGGAAGGAGGAGACGAAAGACCAACACUCGAAACCGUCACCCGCCUGCGUAGACGCUUGCAAGCAUCGCAGAAGCUCAACGUCAUGCUCCACGCCGAAAAGGCUCGCAAUGCCGCAUUGCUAUCUGAAGUCCGUCGUCUCAUCGGCUCUCCCAAACAAGUCAAAUCCGAGCGUUCCCAACCACCAUUAGCACAAACUCAAAACGGCAACGACAACAACAACACCGAUACAGAAAUGACCGACGCCCCUCCUCCUCCUUCUUCCUCUACCUCUACCACAAUCCCAACAGACAGCACAAGCCCAAGCAAACCCCCCUUUGGCUUCCUAACCCAAACCUCCCUCCUCUCCACCUCGGACGCCUCCACCCCUCUCACCACCACCACGGCAUUCACUCUCUCCCAACUCGACGCUCUCCGCUCGCUCUCUACUUCUCUCCGCUCGCUCCUCCCUGCUCUUUCUCAACCAGUGGCAGCAGCACCAGAACCAGAACCAGCAUCAACAGAAUCUUCCGAACCUGACGACGACAAGAAAAAGAAACCCUGGCGUCUGCAGAGACUAGAAUACAUCGAAACUGCCACGCGGAAACAUCUGGAGCAGGUUCGGGGUCUGGAGCUGGGAGUCAACGGGGAGCUAAGGGAUGGAGGGCUCGGGGGGGAGGAACAGUCGACUACAGGGGAUUUGAUGGUGGUGGUGGAGAAUGGUGGAGAUGGUGAUGGUGAAGGGGCGAGGAGGACAACAAAGAGGAGGAGGGUGGAGAGGGAGGAGGUGGAAGCGUUGGAGGGGGUUUUGGGGAGUUUGGGAGGAGGGGGCCAUGAUGGUAGUAGUAAUGAGGCGGGCGGGGAGGGAGGAGAAGGGGGACAGGGACAGGAGCAGGAGCAGGAGCAGGGACAGGGACAGGAGCAGGAGCAGAAGGAGCAGAGGCAAGAAGAGGGACAAACACAAGCACAGUCAGAGGGGAGUCAGAGAGAGGGAGGAGAAGGGGAAACGGAAACAAAAACACCGAGGCAAAGAGGGCGGAGCGCAGAGAGAGCAAAAGAUCAGGGGAAUGGUGAGGAGGGGCAGAUGGAUGAGUCUUAG